AAAUACAGUACCAAAUCCUAUCAGCUCUCUCUCUCUCUCUCUCUCUCUCUCUCUCAUUUGUGCAUUGGGCAAUUGAGAUUUUAGCUAAGCAAGAAUAAUGGCCAAACUCGUUUUUGCAUUAGCAAUCUUGCUUGGAUCAUUAUGCAGUCUCUCUACAAAUGUUUCUGCAUUUACUGCAUCUGGAUGGACUAAAGGUCAUGCCACAUUUUAUGGAGGAAGUGAUGCCUCAGGAACUAUGGGGGGAGCUUGUGGGUACGGUAACCUGUAUUCGACAGGGUAUGGGACUAGGACCGCUGCUUUAAGUACCGCCUUGUUCAACGACGGGGCUUCAUGUGGGCAAUGCUAUAAGAUCAUAUGCGAUUAUAAAACAGAUGCUAGAUGGUGCAAUAAAGGAGUGUCCGUGACAAUCACUGCAACAAACUUUUGUCCUCCUAAUUAUGAUCUUCCAAGCAACAAUGGAGGAUGGUGCAACCCACCCCUUCAGCACUUUGACAUGGCUCAGCCUGCUUGGGAAAAGAUUGGGAUUUACAGAGGUGGCAUCGUCCCCGUCUUGUUCCAAAGGGUUCCAUGCAAGAAGCAUGGGGGUGUGAGGUUCACAAUAAAUGGGAGGGACUACUUUGAGCUUGUUCUGAUCAGCAAUGUAGGAGGAGCUGGAUCUAUUAAGUCUGCAUACGUCAAAGGUUCAAAAACUGGUUGGAUGGCAAUGUCAAGGAAUUGGGGAGCAAACUGGCAGUCCAAUGCCUACCUCAAUGGCCAAUCUCUGUCCUUCAGAAUCACCACCACGGAUGGAGAAACUCAACUCUUUCAGAACAUUGUGCCUGCCAGUUGGAGCUUCGGCCAAACUUUCUCCAGCAGAGUGCAAUUCUCAUAAGCUAAGCUAAUAAAAUUAAGUGGCUUUACGGUUCUGGGUUAACGGCAGAGGCGUGCUUAUAUUAUACUUUCUUUUUUGUUAUAAUUAAAAGAGGCAGCCCGCCACAUUUUUUGGAUUAUCAAAUCAGGUGGUGGUUUAGGGCAUUAUAAAUCUGGCCCGACGAUUGUGAAUUUGUGAUGGGGAACCAAAACCCAUGAACUGAUCAAGGCUAUUAUUCCAAGCAUUUUGAUCCAACCACAUCUAUAUAUAUAUAUAUAUAUAUCAAUCUGUACAAUAAGAAGCGCGCUGAAGAUGCAGCUUCCUUCAACUUG